AUGGACGAACUCGCAUUACCCUUCCCGUUUGAGGUUGCAGUCCCAAGAUACCCGCCGUCGCGCUCAAACCUGGCCGCAAACGCUGGCUCGAUUUCUACUGCCCUAGAUGGCACGUCAAGUUAUGCUGAUACUGGGAGUUUGUGGGAAGUCCCAGAUGACCAACAUGUCUUAGCACCAUCUGCUUAUCAAUGUAUUGAGCCGGCUGAAAAUACCAUUGAUGAAAAUGAUGGAUGCGCAGAGACAGGUAGAUUUGAACCCGAGUUAGAGGUCGUGCAAGAAGAAGACCCUGAGCCGGACCUUGAUCCAAUUUCCACCAUCGAUGAAGGUCCUCGAAGCUAUGAGAAUGCACUAUAUGGAAAUGAACAUGCACAGUUAGUCGAACCUAAACUCAAGGCAGUAGUUGAAAUCUACAAUGCCCCCCAAAGUCAUGAGGAUGUGCCACAGGAGGAUGAAAGAGCACACUGUAUCGAAUCUACAAAUCACAAUAACUAUCCAAAAGAGCUCUCGCCUCAACCGAUUGACCCAAUCAAACCCCCCGAACGACCCGAACGACCCCCGAAACGCGCGAAAAAGAGCCAAAAAAAGAAAGUAAAACGAGGAAAGACCACUUCUGCAGUUGUGAGGAAGACAGUAGAGUCUGAUGUCGAGGACGACGUCAUUUGGAUAGAUGAGAAGAAAUCUACUCCCGCUAUCAUAGACGAUACAGACGCGUCCGAGGAUAUUCUUAGCCUAAAGGAUACUGAUGAUAUAUUCAACACCGGUGCUACCGCCCAAAACAACAUUAAUCCCGUCACUGCGAUAGCUCCAAAAACAGAAGUACAACCUCCAAUAUUAAAAGAGACCGCUCAUAAGCCAGACCAGCCAGCCAACCCGGCACCAAAAAAGCGGGGAAGGAAACGGAAAAUGACAGGCCAGGAGGAUUUUUCAGCCAAGGAAACGUCACAGAAUGCAGAAGAGUCAAUGUCAAAUGCAGCCAUCGAGGGUGAACCUCAGAGUGCUCUUCCCACUUCGCCUCAGCCUUCGAUUAUACCUGAGCAAGACGCGGUGAAACAUCGAACGCCCGAACCUAACGUCGACUCUCAUAGUCUUCACACAGAUGCCAAAAGCCCUGGUGAUAAUGCUGGCGAAGAACCAAAACCUGCCAAACCUAUCGAGACCCCAAAGAAACAGGUUAGCAAAGGACCAGACAAACACAGUCCUAUCACCAUCACUACUAAGGUUGCCUAUCGUGUUGGGCUAAGCCGAAAAGCGAGAAUCGCACCUUUACUCAAAAUCGUCAGAAAAUGA